AUGAAUCACGCUACCACUCAAGAACAAUCCCAUACCCCUGAACUUUGCUCUUCCCCUUCCUCUUCUUCCUCCUCCUCCUCCUCCUCCUCCUCCUCCUCAUUGUCUUUGUCCGAGAAAGAUUCAGCAGAAAUUGAUGGUGUCAUACAACGCUUAUUGGACGAUGAACAUAGUAUUAAAACUGAUACGGAUGAGGAGGACUACGAUGAUGAUAUUGUAGAACAGGCCUUAUCGCGGAUUUUAUCUAGUAAACAGGGACAAAAGAGUUUAACAUGUCCCAAUAUAGUGGCUCUGGACAGACCUUUGCCUCCAUUACCCAAUGAUCCUGUGGAGAAAUUAACAAAGAGUGUAGAGCAGUUCAGAAGCAGCAGUACCUUGUAUGCAUCUACCAGUAAAAUCACACGUGCUGCAGCAACCAAGGGACAGGUACAGUUGAAACGUGCAGCCACUUGGUUAGGUUUACCCGUUCAACGAUUACUAGCAUCGCCUCAGGUACAGAAUUUGGGUUUAUUGAUGAGUCGAAAAUAUAAUUCCUCUGGGAAUGUAUUAAUCAGUCGUCAUAAUCUUCCGGUACUUUCCAUUUCCAAUUCGACCUUGUCUACAAAGGAUUCAAUACAGGAGGAUACAAAGGAAUUCAUUUACGGAACGGAUUCGGACCAUUUUGCCUUCUUGAAAACUCAAUUAGAAAAGAAAUCGCCUGCAGUCACUAAAAAGGAGAUAAUUAAUAAAAAGACAUUUGUUACCCCAAAAAGAAUCAUGUAUUGUCGAGUUAUGCAAAUAAUCAAUUUAGCCUCGACGCGAGACUGUGAUUAUGAAUUACAUGUUCAACUUAAUAAUGCUACAUUAGCCACUAAAAAGGGUGUCUUACGUAAAGUCGGUAAUAACAUCAGUGCUGAUAGACCACAAGAAGAAGCCCUUUUACUAAGAUUAGCUAAAAUAGGAAUCUGGCCAUUACAGACAGUAGCCAAACCAGCUCCACCACAGGAGCUACCAGUAGCUGGAUUUACUUGCCUUAAUUUUGAAAACAAGAUGGAUGUGUUAGAUCAGGGCGUUUCAAGAUUCCGUCUGACAAAACCCAUUGAUAAAUCAGCAAAUCGUUGGCUGAAUAUCGAAUUAUUGAUAGAUAUCAAAGUAGAGGAGGUUUUACCUGCGGUUGUGCAUCGCUUUCCUUGGUCCAAUAGUACACACCCAUCGUCAUAUCAACAAAAUGACGAUGAUGAUAUCAUGUCAGAUCCCAAAGAGUUGGCGAUCUCUCUGGAUCAUUGCAGACAAGGCGAUUUCUUGACACUGUAUACUCGAGGCAUGGCUCAUCCAACUUGGAAACGUUACUGGGUUACAAUGGAGGAUAAUCAGUUAGUGUUACACGAUUUUACUUACAAGGAAACAAAAGAGCCGAUCAGUAUCAUUCCCUUAAUUCCGUUACAAGCAGUUAGUAAGCCUUCCAUGGACGAUUGUGAUAAUGUGGGCAUUGCAAGAAAGACGGGCAUCAUGUUACAAUUCGAUCGAAACACUGCCAUGUUGACUGAACCUGUGCGACUUGACAGUCAUGAAGGGUUAGAAGGAAAGGCCUAUCUGUUUGGUGAUAGCGAAAGAAAGACAAUUCAUUGGCGUCGAGCACUCAGUGCCUACAUUACAGACGAAGAUAACAAAAACAAGACAACAAAAGAUGGAGUAGAUUUACGAUUUCUUUGGUAG